AUGAUAGCACAACAGACAUGUCAAUUGAUGGAUGGGUUUGGUCUUCUAAUUCAAUCUGUCUUGUUCUUGACUGUAUUGAUCACUUUGAUGUACAAAAGAGCCACAGAGACACCACAAAGACCCUUAAAGAUAUGGGCAUUGGAUGUCAGUAAGCAAUUUAUAGGAGCAGGUAUGCUUCAUUGUAUUAAUAUCAGUAUCAGUUACGCAGCAAAAGAUGAUAAGAGAAAUGACGAUGAUUUAUGCGCAUGGUAUUUUUUAAACCUCGCUAUGGAUACCACUGUCGGUGUCUUAUUGCUCUGGUGCUGGCUUCCAUUAUUCAUGGCUGGCUUAGAAAGAUUAGGGGUCGAGAUAGGCAAGACAGGCGAUUAUGGCCAAAGAUGGAAGUCUCGCUGGACACGUCAGUUGAUUGUGUUUCUGUCUGCAGAGAUCCUCACAAAAGCAUGUUUAUAUGAGAUCAUUGUUUAUUUGCCUUGGUUCAUCACAUUGGCUAAAAUGGCAUUAGACUGGACAGGGGAUAAUCCGCACUUUCAGCUGGUGUUUGUGAUGCUCAUUUUUCCUUUAGUCAUGAAUGCACUUCAAUUCUGGUUGACAGACACAAUUUUAAAAGUACAACAGGUAAAAGAGGAAUGGACGAUAAACAAAAACGAAAGAACACCUUUGUUCAUGGCCUAA